AUGCGUGAUCAUUUACCUCUCGUGUGUUUUAUUGUUUGUGACAAUGGACCAGCAGCACAUUUUAUAGAGUUUACCCAACAUCUGGUCGCUAAUGGUAAAUUACGCGUUGAUAUCUAUGCAAGUGAAUCAGUUCGAGCGAAAUUUAAAGAUUUAUCAUUAUCAGAUGAAGUGACUCUAUUUCAUUUCAAGUUAGGUGGACUUACGAAUGAACAAGAACAAAGUUUAGCCUUAGAAAUAAUUAAGAAUUGUUUUAUUCGUGAGGCGAAACAAAUUAUUGUUGACAUUGCAAAUGAAUUUAAUAUAAAACUGCACGCAGCUUUUGAUAAACUUGAUCUAAUGUCGUGCAAUAGUCGGUUCUGGUGUUACUAUGAUAAUCCAGAACAAUAUGUACCCGGUGGCUAUUCAAUCAGAUCUGGUGAGAUGAUAAAAUCAUCUCGAAAUAUUUUAUUUGCAAAUAAAAAUUUAGUCGAAAGAGAAUCGAAGAUAUUUUCUUUACCAAAUGUUCAGAUUAAUCUCAAAAAUAAAAAUAUUCGAGGUAUAGGUUAUUAUCCGAUAGAGAUAGCCGAAGAAUUACAUCAACGACGUCAAAUUGAACGGAAUCUAUUGCGAAAAAAAUAUGGCUGGAAUAAUAUUAAAUAUUUAUUUAUUUAUUUUGGUGGAAAUAAUCAAGUUUAUUAUGAACAAGCUUUUCCUAUAUUUCUUUCGUUUCUCUCAUCAUCUAUUGACAAUCAAUUCUGUAAAGAUAUUCUUUUUCUUGUCCAUCAACAUCCAGCUGCAAAAUUAGAAAACCGAGAUGGUCUCUUACUUCAACAAUGGUUAAUAAAUAAUCGUUCGAGUCAAGUGAUGUUGUCUUCAUUGACAAGUGAUGAAGCACAACUGCUUGCUGAUGGUAUUCUUUAUCAUCAAACGAGUAUGGCACCACAAUUUGCAUUGAUAGGCUUGCCUGUCAUGCAAGUGACUCAUCAAAUCUAUGAAGAUAGCUUAGUAAAACAUAACUUAUGUGAGAUAGCCACAAAUUCUAUUGAAUUUUCAAAUGGAUUAAAAUUAUUGAAAGAAAAAAGUCAAUCGUCGAAUUUCAUAGAGCAUAAAAAAUUAAUAUAUGAUGCAAUUGGUUAUCGAUUUGAUUGGGUACAGAAUCUUGAAAAUAUAAUCUUGAACUUCGAAUGA